GGUCGGGCAAGCAGAUGUGGUCCCCCAAGGGUAACGUGGUACCAUUGAAGUCUAGGUCGGCUGCAGUGCUAGUUGGUCAGGUGCGCUGACUAAUCUACUAAACUGACCAGGCAAGGACCACGCUUGGGGUUGAGCUGUAACUGUCCAGGUAGUCAAUGCGAAAACGGAACAUACAGUAUGGGUUUGUAAGGACUGGAGGGACCGUGGAUUUAACCGAAUAGACGACCAAUAGCCUAUAAUCGUGGCUUUUUGUGGGUCGUUAACGCACAACUGUCCAUUGACAGAACACACGGAUCACAUUUAUCACGGGUCGAUUUGCAAGCGGCUAAGGAAGGCGUCAGACAGUGGCAGAAGCUACAAGAGUGGAUACCAUUUGUAGUUACUGUAUGCUCCGGGGAUGAACGAUAUUUGCUCUCUGCUGGCGGUGUUGGCUCAACAGAUUCUGAGCAUUUCACUGAACAGGCUGCCAAUUUUUCCGUGAAAGUGACAAUACAGUUGCUGCUUGUAAUCCACUUGCUGCAUUCUGAUUAGCACCCUUAUGUCGGAGGCCGGAGAGAUGGGCCGCAAGCUGGACUUGUCGGGGCUGUCGGAGGCGGAGGCUCAGCACGUGCUGCAGGUGGUGCAGAGGGACAUGAAGCUGAGGGAGAAGGAGGAGGCGCGCCUCAGUGAGAUGAAGCAGGAGCUGGACGCGGAGGGCAGCCGGUGCACGCUGCUGUCUCGGCAGCACAGGUUUAACGAGCGCUGCUGCAUCCGCUGCUGUGCGCCCUUCACCUUCCUGCUCAACCCCAAGCGGCCCUGCCUGGACUGCCAGUACAACGUGUGCAAGUGCUGCUGCACCUACAGCCGGAGGGACAAAGCCUGGCUCUGCUCCGCCUGCCAGAAGAGCAGGCUGCUGAAGACCCAGUCCCUGGAGUGGUACUAUAAUAAUGUGCGUCGGCGCUUCAAGAGGUUCGGGAGUGCCAAGGUGCUGAAGACGCUGUACAGGAAGCAUGCGGCAGAGCAAGGAAAUCUGGCAGAACUAACAGAGGAGAGCACAUACGCGGAGAGCACUGGCAAUGAGGGCAGUGUGUGUGACAGUGACUCAGCCUUCUACAAGCAGAUCGAAGAGCACAACAUGGCGGACACGAUCACUGUGGCGCUGCGGGUUGCAGAGGAGGCCAUAGACGAGGCCAUCACCAAGGCCGAGACGUACACGGACAGCCAAGAGAAACAGAGGGAGGCCCAGUACCUGCGUGAGAACCGAGAGGAGCUGAUCGAGGAACUGGCCACCACCAUUGUACAUAAAAUUAUCCGCAGGAGAAGAGAUCUCUCCGACAUGCAGCCGGAUUAUAAUCUGGAUUGGCCUCUUGAUGAGGACGGCGAGCUGCUGACGACCGUGCCCGAGGCCCACAGCACCCUCAUCACCUCCACUAGCCUCAAGUCCUCCCUCUGGCGGUCUCGUUCGGCCUUCUCCCUCCUCACUGACGGAACCGCAGACGCGUACCAGCAGGUGCAGAACAAAGAGGACGUCCCGGCUCAGCCGCCCCUCCACGGCCUGAAGAAGGAGGGCCUCCCCAUCCUGCCCACCUGGAAGAGCGUCGACCGGCUGGACAACUCUAGUGCGUCCGCAGUGCUGCAGAGUCCAGACGGGAACUGGAUCGCCCUGCAGAGCACACUGCUGUCGCGGCCCAGCCUGCUGGCCAAGCGCAAGAGCCUGGUGUUCAGCGUGCUGGAGAAGGAGUCCGGCGUCGUCUCCGCCUACGACGAGAUGGGCUCCGACACCGAGGUCGAGCCCGAGGGAGCCUUUGGCGCCGCCCUGCUGGAGUUCCGCCGCAAGAUGAAGUCGCGAGGGAGCGAUGUCGGCGUUGGCGACGGUGAUGGCGAUGGUGCAGAUGGUGCAGAUGGUGCAGAUGGUGAUGGUGCAGGUAGCGCCGACCCUGACACGGCAGACUCGGACCUGGACGGCGCGCCGGUCAAGAAGGGCCUGGACGGCGCCAGGCUGCGCUACCACAAGCCCCUGCUGUCGCUGCUGAAGAAGAAGAAGGCGUCCGAGCGCCGGCGCACACCGCCCCGCAGGCCCAGCAUCAUCGACAUGAACUUUAAUCCCGAGGCGGCCGACAGCAGCGAGGCGGACGAGGCACAGGCCGAGACGCCCACACGCACUCGGCGACGGAGGAGGAGCCGGAGGGAACAUCUGGACGACAGCAACCAGCUGGAGCCGUACUCCUCCUCCGUGCCGGUGAGAGAGCCGCCGGCUCCAUACUCGGAGUGCAGCACCCUGGCCCUGGAUGACCUGGUGAGGAUGCGUAACAUGAUGAUGCAACAGGAGACCCCCGUCCUCCUCACCCCCGAGGACGACCUCACGUCGGACACGGCCACGCCGGACAUCCUGAGCUCUGGCAACAUCACUCCGGAGCCCUUCUGCUACCAUUCCAAAGACGUCACCUACAAGAGCCAAAAAACCUUCAAGAGCAGCAGUGGCGGUGAUGGAGCCAUAGACCAGGACCUCACCUCCCGGUUGGAGGAGCUGGCCAGCAAAGUCACGCAGUUCUCCUCCACCGAGGACGAGCUGGACCGUGACGACAGGAAGGCGGAUGAUGAGGCCAGGGGUGGACAGAGCAGAGAGAGCCUGGCCCAGGAAGCCCUCUGGGACAUGGAGGUGGAGGACCAAGCCAAUGGCACAGCAGAGGAGGAGAAGGACGUCAACGGCGACAGGCUGGCCGAGAUGGACAUCGACAUGGAAGAGGUGAGGGAGGAAGGGGAGAAGUACAUCCUCUCAGUCCGAGCCAAGGUGCUGGAGCUGGACACGCAGCGGAGGGCGAGUGGCGCCGCCCCAGUGGAGCAGACGUGGUGGGAGUCUCUGAGCGGCCUGUCCAGGGAAGCGCGGGAGCAGAGGCCCAACGCCUACCCUCUGACCGAGGCUGAGUACGACUCCCUGUCGGAAGGGCUGGACGAGGGAGGGAGCAUCGACGACAUCCUGAGUGACAUGGUGCGCUCAUCCGAGAUCGAGAUUGAGAACAGCGCAGAAGCCUGGGACCGGACGGAGGACAGAAUCGAGGCCAUGGACGUAGGGGAGGACAGAACGGACGAGGUAAGGGCGGCGGGUGAGCUGGACAGAAACAAGGUAGAGAUAGCCGAAGGAAAAGACGAGGUGUACGGGGGUCCAAGCGCCAGUAAAGGAGAAGUGAAAUACGACGGAGACAACAACCGAUUGCUUCCGUGGGAAUGGUUGAAAGGGGACAACAGCAAGCUGGGUGAAAAGAUCCGGAAGUCCUACAAAAAGAAAGAAGCAUUUGACACAGAGGAGAGGAAGAGGAAAGAGCACCUGCACAAAGGUGCGCCGCAAGCCAACGCAAAGCCAUACGUAGAACAGAGGGAUCCGCUGGGAAAGGGGCAGGUCCAGGAUGGCCAGGUCUCAGAGGGGCAGAAACAGGAAGAGGACUUCACCUUCCGGGCGGUGAAAGUUCACCUGGACGGGCCGGAGACGUGCAAGAAGGGGAGCCGCGAGGAGGUGGGGGAAAAAAUGGAGGUCAAGCAGAGCGAGCAGCCGAGGGCAGAGGAGACAGCUCGGCAGCUGAGUCCAGUGCAGAAACCAGGGGAAGAGGAGAGGGAGGGCUUAAACAUGGCCACCGUGAGCGGCAAAGUAGCCAAGGACGCCGGCGCCAGAGGGCUCCGCGAAGAGAGCUCGUCGUCUGACCCGAAUCCGUACCCAUCUCCGGACGACGUUAACAAAGAUAGGUAUGGCCUUGAACUAGAGCACAACCUGCAGUUAAUCUCCAAUCUGAUGCAGCAGAAGUACUCGGCUGCGUCGCUGCGCAGCGUCACCACGGAGAUGCUGCGAGUCCUGAACGCCACAGAGGACCUGAUCCAGGGGGCAGAGGGCAGCAUCGAGGAGCCAGUGAGGUCAGACAGGCGGACCUCAGCCAGCAUCUCCCCUGGCCAGAGCAGGAAACUGGACGAGCAGCUCAGCAAGCUGGAGGAGAAUGUGUAUGUGGCUGCAAGUACGGCAUAUGGCCUAGAGGGGGAGCUAAGUGAUCUGGAAGCGUGUGCACGCCGCAUCGGCCAGAGCACCAACGAGAGAGAGCUGGCCCACCUGGAGGACCAGGUGGCAUCGGCCGCAGCCCAGGUGCAGCAGUCUGAGCUCCAGGUCACUGACAUUGCUGCAAGAAUCGCAGCCUUGAAAACAGCAGGUCUGAAUGUUGCGCCGCAAACCCGCUUGUUCAAGCCUUUGAAGCCAACCAAGACACAAACCAUAGACACAUCAAGACAACAGAGGAGAAGACUGCCUGCACCUCCCACAAAGGAGAAAGAGACUACUGACAUUUGAAGCUGUCUGAAAUGUCCAGCUCGUCGACACAUUCUACCCAAAGUUCAAGACUGUCUGCACUCCUGUGCCUUGAAGCAGUGAAGCACUGGACAGAGGAGAGGAGUGAUAACUUUGCCAGACUGUUUCAUCUCGCCAGUGCAAUCUUUAACAAAUACUCUUCGCCUUAAAUCAAUAGCCAGGAUGUCAAUGACACUUGAACAGCUACUGGCAGCAUUGUAGACCAGUAACAUUGUGGACAGGUAAGAGCAGUUUGAAUAAGAAGAAGAUAAAGAUAAAGAAAAUGAAGAUGUUUUGUAUAGAAUGUUUAUAAUGUGCAGUUUUCUUUUUCAGAAAUAUAUUUUUAUUUCAGUGCAAUUUUAUUUACACCGUCUGAUAUUGCUGUGAUACUCUUUGAGUCCCAAGAUUAAACCUCUGAAUGAACCAACACUCAUGUCAGCCCAAGAAAAUUCAUCAGGUUUCUGUGAUUUAUCUGUAUGUGAUUUAUGAUCUGAGAAAAGAAGGUAAUCCUCUCUCUCUUGAUAUUGACUGAUGGUAAACAUCAUCUGAUGGUAAACAUCAUCUGAUGGUAAACAUUAAAUAGAUAUUUCAGAGCGUAUUUGUCAGUGUAUGUAAAUGCUAUGUGUUCAUGUAAAAAAACAAGUGUGAGUCCUCACUGUAGCUCUGAAUCAUUUUUUCCAGAGCUCACAGUUCUCUGAUUCUGAUCCUAGGUUACUACCCGUGAAGGUGAAAUGAUACUGCAAAGACUAAUUUAUUGUGACUGUAAGAUAAUAGAACUGAAUAAAUGUUGCAUUAUUUAAUAUUG